AUAUCUCAGUUGACGCGGCAAUUGUGGUUGUUAGUGUGGUGACGACGCAUACACCAGAAAGAACAAAUCGAUUGUUUCCGAUGAUUACACCACGUCAUUUGUUAUAAUAACGAAUAGCCCAGGGUAUUCUAGGGUAUUGCAUCACCAUCUAUAUUUUCACCAAAUUCAUGUUAGUGUUGUUGUUCAUGUUGCUGAAAAAUGGCUGACAGCAAUGGGAGAUGAGUUCUGGAGUUAGUAAACAAAGCUGGUAACAGUGUUUGUGCUGACUGUAAUUGUCAAGGCCAGUUUGAAAUAACCAGUUUCAACCACUGAAACAACUUCCUGACUACUAUUUUUUAAUGCAGUGGCAGAAUGUGCAUCUUUCAAUAUUGGAGUAUUUCUUUACGUUCAGUUGCUGGGAUCCAUCGUACCUUGGGAACCCAUAUAUCCAAGAUAAAGCACCUGAGAUUAGACAAAUGGGAAGAAUCCCAAAUAAAACAUUUAGAAGAAGUGGUAAAUAUUGUUGCCAAAAGGAAAUAUGAGGAACAGUACCGGUGUGUUACAGACCUUCAGAAAAUGAUCCACAGAUUCUUAGAGAACAAUGGAUUAGGGACAAAUACCAAAGGGAAGAAUUUAUUCAUGCCGAAAAAUAGCGAUGUACUCGCGGAACUAUGGAAGGUUUUCUAUUUAAACAAAGUAAAGUUGAUCAUUCAUGCAAGCAAAGGCGGUUCGUCUUCUCGGAGCGAGAAAAUACCCUCAAAUACUACGUCUCCAAUAUAACUGAACGCUUGCAAUUUUUAUUUAAUUAUGGCUCUAAAUCACGUUUCAAUGCGUGCUCGUGUUCUGUUCUUUUUCUCUUCAGAAGGACCCUAAGGCGGAAAUCCGUAUACUCGACAUGAACGUAGCAUUUGCCCCUGAAACAUGAUAGAAUUGUAUUGCUAAUCUAAUGUGUUAUCUUCUCAAGUUUUUAGCGCUUAACACUUAAGGUUGAAAGGCGCGGGCAUUGCCUGUGAAGCUUCGGCUAUGUGCAUUAUUUCUGGAGCACUAAAUAUUGUACAGUUAAGUAAUGCAUUACGUCACUUAUCAUAUGCGCCAGAAAACCACGCCCUCUUCUCACGUUACUAACGGU